CGGGUCACGUGACCGGUCGGCAGCCGCCAUUUUGUUCUGCGGUGGUGGGGUAUUUAGAGCGCAGCGUCGCAAGCAGCGCACAUCAGUAGGCAUCCAGCCGAGUGCCCGCGCUGCCAUUGCUCCCCGCGUCCGACCCCUCCAGCUCAGCUUGUGCCCCGUCCCAGCGCGGCCUCCGUAGUUUCCUCGCUGAGCACUGUCUGAGGUGGAGCCGGAGCCCCGAGGCAGAGGGAGAUCGUCCGCAGCGCGCAAGCACCGACCCCGGCCCUGCACCGCCCAGCCAUGUCCGAAGGCAGCGCUCCCGAGUACGCCUCCUUCUUCGCCGUGAUGGGCGCCUCUGCCGCCAUGGUCUUCAGCGUUCUUCUCUAGGAUGUCUCCAGUUUGAGCUUCAAGGAAGAUCUGGACACCAUAUUCUACUCAGCACCAGAAAGGCUUCAGCUAGAACAGGAUGGUUACUUUCCAUGUCUUAAUAUGCCACUCAGCCUUGGGAGCUGCUUAUGGAACAGCAAAGAGUGGCACAGGUAUUGCAGCCAUGUCUGUCAUGAGGCCUGAACUGAUCAUGAAGUCAAUCAUCCCUGUUGUCAUGGCGGGUAUUAUAGCUAUCUAUGGCCUGGUAGUGGCAGUCCUUAUUGCUGGCUCCCUUGCACCUAACAUCACGCUAUUCAAGAGCUUCCUUCAGCUGGGUGCUGGCUUGAGUGUGGGCCUCAGUGGUCUGGCUGCUGGCUUUGCCAUUGGCAUUGUGGGUGAUGCAGGCGUACGGGGGACAGCACAACAGCCCAGGUUAUUCGUGGGAAUGAUCCUGAUCUUGAUCUUUGCUGAAGUCUUGGGUCUCUAUGGCCUCAUUGUUGCCCUGAUCCUUUCCACAAAGUAAACACCACAGAGUAUGAUGUAAAGAAUUAAACCCACAUUUAAAACAAGCUCCAGAAUGAAAAUGGUCCCUCAACAAUGUGUACAGUUGUCUUAAUUUGGUAGUGGAUCUCUUGUAAAUGCGCAAUGAAUGUUAGUGACUUGUCUGUCCUGUGUACUUCAAUAUUAAACUGGAUGGGCUGCCCAAAACCUGCUUCAGGGCUUGGUGUGGCCUAUGUGCAACUUUCCACCCAUUUGCCAUUUAGAGUACUUUAUGUAUAAAUAGGACCUAGAAAUGUACUUUUUUCUCUUCACUGGAUGUUUAUUUAUAAGACUUGACAUGUUCAUACAUUAUGGAGCAAGAACUUUCUAUUUCCCAUGCUAUAUAUAUUAAUCAUAUAUGUAGAUUAUUGCACUGUGGGGUUAAUUGUAAGUGCAGAGAAUUCCUUGGAUGUAACUUGAUUCUAAAGAUUGCUGUGGUGUCCUGGUAUUGGAGUGUGAGAAUUUUGUCCUUUACUUAGACAGCAAAUGUCGAACAGUCCCAUCUUUUCAAUAGUAAAAUUUUAUGCUCUAGCAUCAGUUGUGCACCCAGUGUUGGGGUUUGCAGUUACACAAUGUUUCCAAAUAAAACUUCCUCCACUACACU